GUCGCUCGCUCUCAUGUGAAAGCUACCAGGUUUUUUGAGUGGAUCACCUUCGUCACAAAGGUUGUGAUGGAAGUUAAAUGGGAUGGUGUCAAGGUCAUUGCAAAAUGUUGGACAAAGGAACACUUUAAAAGCUGUGCGCAAGAAGUCAGGGUGUGAAUAUCUCUACCAGCAAGAACCAGAAGGAUUCCCCUUCUUUCCCUCCGUGCUUGGAUAUGGUGAUGUCAUAUGUCCAUCAGUCUUUCCCGUCGGUUAUGUUCUUAUUAUCUCUUUUGUAGAAGGUGAACGACUGAGCAACAUCUGGGACCAGUCAGCCGCGGAAAAGCAAGAUAUUCUCUUAAAAUGUCGAGAAGCAGUCACUAUGCUUCGCUCCUUAAGGAUCCGUGUGCGAGACCCAGGAAAGCAUAAUGUCCUAUAUCCCCGUCAAUCAAAGAAGGCUACGUUGAUUGACGUUGAGAGCGUUGGCCAAUGCGGCAGGCAAGACGCGCGCACUCUGGGACGCACCAGAGCUUUUGACGAUCUUCGGGAGAGACUCCAGGUCAGCAUAGGCCGUCGGUGGUUGAUCAUUAGCGUUGCGUGAAGCUCAGCAUUAUCGUCUUUGCUCUGGGGCGCUGUGGGGAAAGAGAAGAAACUGCUAUAUUUUAUUAAAAGAACUUCUUAAUUGACAGAUCUACUUCUUAUAGUUUAAUGCUGAUUCCCUGAUCACUUAUGAGUCUAACCAACCAGAUACCAAGUGAUUAUUUACUCUAGAC